AUGCUGUAUUUGGAAACGCCAGUUGGAGUUGGCUUCUCUUACUCAACUGACACUUCCUUUUAUGAAGGUGUGAAUGACAAGAUUACAGCCAGGGAUAAUCUGGUUUUCUUGCAAAACUGGUUUAUAAAGUUCCCAGAAUAUAGAAACAGAAGUUUGUUCAUUGUCGGAGAAAGCUAUGCUGGUCAUUAUGUUCCUCAACUGGCUGAGCUUAUGCUCCAAUUCAACAAAAAGGAAAUGUUGUUCAAUUUAAAAGGCAUUGCUCUUGGUAAUCCAGUUCUAGAAUUUGCAACAGAUUUCAAUUCGAGAGCUGAGUUCUUCUGGUCUCAUGGAUUAAUUUCAGAUCUAACAUACAAAAUGUUCACUUCUGUUUGCAACUAUUCAAGAUAUGUGAGGGAAUACUAUAAUGGUGCUGUUUCUCCUAUCUGUUCAAGUGUAAUGAGCCAAGUUAGUACGGAAACCAGUAGAUUUGUUGACAAGUAUGAUGUUACCCUUGAUGUUUGUAUAUCUUCUGUGUUUUCACAAACCAAAGUCCUCAACCCCCAGCAGCAAGUUACUGAAACGAUAGAUGUAUGUGUGGAAGAUGAAACAGUUAAUUAUCUUAACAGAAAAGAUGUGCAGUCAGCUUUGCAUGCACGUCUGAUUGGGGUGCAAAGAUGGUCUGCUUGCAGCAAUGUCCUGGAUUAUGAGCUGCGUGACUUGGAGAUACCAACAAUCACGGUUGUGGGGAAGCUAGUCAAGGCAGGAAUACCAGUUUUGGUCUACAGUGGUGAUCAAGAUUCAGUUAUUCCACUAACUGGAAGCAGAACAUUAGUACGUAAAUUGGCAAAAGAACUAAGAUUGAAUACCACUGUUCCUUACAGGGUUUGGUUUGAGGGGCAGCAGGUGGGUGGGUGGACUCAAGUAUAUGGUAACAUCCUUUCAUUUGCUACCAUUAGGGGAGCAUCACAUGAAGCCCCUUUUUCACAGCCUCAAAGAUCACUUGUGCUGUUCAAGUCCUUCUUAGAAGCCCAACCUCUACCACUAGCAUUUUGA